AUGAGUGCUUCUAAAAUGCAUAAAGACAAAGGCUUUGGCAAGCGAUCGAGAUAUAACACUUCGCUUAUUGCUCGUUUUCGAACCAAACGUCAAUUGGAAGCGUGGACGGAAGAGCGACGACAGCAGGGACUUGUGUGGAGGUUCAACACUCGAUAUGAUUCAAAAGUUGGGCUAACAGAGUAUUGGCAUUGUGCGCAUAAAGAAGAUGGCCUCUACAUAUGCCCGGCUCGUAUGAAAAUUCUCUUCAACAGUAUCCAUGGCAUUUUCGUCUUUUCAUCGAGUAAUCGUCAACACAAUCAUGACUCGCUGCCUCCACCUGUUAGUUGCCUUAGCAUUGAAAAAAAUUAUUUUGCCUAA